UCUCCCGGUGCAAGCUGUCACUCUCCUCCGUAGCUGAUCUCCUUGACCUCACGUUGGGUCCCUUCCCUGCCCCAAAUCCAGAUGCAGAAGGGAGGGUGCCUUUCCCCGAGCUUAGCCUCUGUGAAUUAAACCCUGGUGCUGGGCCGUGGGAGCAUAUCUCAAAUGCCCAAGAUCCACCCGCCCAUCCUUCUAUCUCUCUAUCUAUCCACCCCUCCCGCAUGACUGGGCUGGGCUCCGGCUGCCUCUCCAGCCAGAGGCAGCCUUGGUAACUUUCCCCUUGAACAGUGCAGACGGAGGCACGCACAGCCAGCCCCAGUAUGUCAGAGACCUCCAGCCCCGCAGAAACCCCCAGCGCAGAGGGACAAGACGCCCCUACAGAAGAGCCACCCUGUGCUGAGCUGAAAGCCACCUCUGAGAAAUGUGUUAAAGAAAAGGGGGAAGAGGCAUGCAAGGAGCUGCUGGAGGCAUACCAUUCUUGUCUGAGAGCACUGGGCAUGGCUCACCCAGAUCUAGCAACUAGCCCCUCGCUACCAAGUCAAUGAAGAUCCUAUCCGGCCAAGUCUCGGGGUUUCUCACAGCACUCCGUGGCUCUCCAGGAGCAAAGAUCCAGGGCGGAUUCUGCCCAGGACUAUAGACAACUGUACCUGAAGGUAUGGGAGCAAGUGUUCCCAAGUGUAAUAAAGACCUUGUGUUUUA